AUGAGUGCGCUCAUUUCCUCGUUGCGCCGGCCCAUCCAUGCCGCGGGUAGGGUAUGUCGCCGGUUCAACUCAACCGACUUUCUCGGUGCGGCGGUAUACCCUAUCGGUCCAAUUGGUCGUCGAAACUAUGUGUCAUUAAAAGGGAAGAGACCGCGGACUGCUAUCUUCUUUCCAGGCCAAGGAGUCCAGAAAGUCGGAAUGCUUACACCCUGGAUCGAAGCCUUCCCAGCUAGAGCCGCUCAAAUAAUUGAUGAGAUUGAUAGUUACAUGGGAUAUAAGCUAUCCGACAUAAUACAAAAUGGCCCAAGCCGAGUACUAACCGCAACCCCUAACGCCCAGCCGGCGAUCAUGGCAACCUCCAUCUUCAUUCUCCGCAUCCUCGAGAACGAAUUUAACUUUGAUAUCUCUAAGCGAGUAGACGUAUCGCUCGGACAUUCACUUGGCGAAUUCGCAGCCUUAGUGGCAGGUGGUGUAUUAGAAUUCGAGGACGCUUUAUAUAUGGUGCGCAAACGCGCGGAAGCUAUGGCGGAGGCUACCCAGAAGGCCAAAGAAAAAUACGGAGGAGAAUAUGGAAUGGUAGCCGUCGUUACGGAGCCCGAGUAUUUAACGCAACUGAUCGAGGCCAUAGACGACUUCGUAGGAUACCGCAGUGCUGGCGCGAGAAGUGAGAGCGCCAACUCCAUGAAACCUAUCGACCAAGUACUUAUCGCAAACAUCAACAGCAAGAAUCAGAUUGUGCUGAGUGGGAAUAUACAAAGGAUCAAAGAACUGUCAGCUCAUGUCCGACAAUUCCUUGGCCACGACCCUAGAGCGGUUCGAUUAAAUAGCGACAGUCCAUUCCACAGUCCAAUCAUGAGACCGGCAGUCAACGUGAUGCGAGAAUUAGUCUCGAGGAAGAGUAGAGUAAAGGGCCGCGAAGAUAAGGAUGUCAUUACGUUUCCGGGUCGACUUCAAUGUAUAAGCAACGUAAGUGCGCGGCCAUUCGAAGACGCCGCGGAUGUGAAAGACCUCCUGGCGCGACAGUGUCUCGAAACUGUUAGAUGGUGGGACAGCAUCAAGUACCUGGAUCAAGAGCAGAAGGUUAGAAGAUGGAUCGGUAUUGGGCCUGGAAAAGUUGGUAGGAACCUUGUAGGAAAGGAGGUGGGUAUGCGCGGGAUGGACUCGGUUAAAGGGGGCGGCGUCUGGGCCAUCACUGACCCAGUCGAGAUUGAGGAUGUCUUGAAAGGAUUGGAAAAGACCGAAUCAUUACAGGAGGAGAGGAGGAGUAGUGACUGGGGCAACUUCAAGCUCACUAUCGAUAACUCAACUUCACCAAACCCAAGCACUCAACCAUCUUACUAUCUUCCCAAUUCCAACGUAUACACAACAGCGCAAACCCGGCAAGCACAUGUAGCAAUGGCGACCGUAAUACCCUCUAUAGCCUGCCUAGGUGUAAUAGGGCGAAAUGUACCAGCACCCUCGACAUCUUCGAGACGCGCGCGCGUCGCGCCAGCGCCGCACCUACAUCUGGUGCCCCCACGACUACCGCCGGCGGCACCACCCCCGAUUCUCACCGGCGACUUCGGGCUCCUGCACGCCGUGGACGAGCGCCUGGCCGCGUACGGCUUCGAGACGAACACGGGCGUCAAGUUCGUCGCUGUAGUCGAUAUGCGGGGCCGCGUGGCUGGAGGAGGGAUUGGCUCCGCGGGGGUCAUUAGAGGCGGUGUCGGGCUGAGGGAGACGGAGCUGCGCGUCGUGUUCCGCGCUAUGCAGACCGCGUACGUCCGGCUGCUGCAGAAUCCGUUCUACGACCCUGACGAGCACGCGCCGCUGGUGUUGCCGCCGGGCGGCGGCGUUGGCGGGAAGAGGAUUACGAGCCGUAAGUUUGCGGAGGAGAUGAGGCGGAUUGGGGAGGGUGGGCGCCGGGUGGCGUUAUGGGCUGGCGUGGAGCAUGGAGUCUAG